AUGGCCGCCUCCACCAUGUCUGUCUGCUCUGACGCUCGCACCAACUCCUCCUGGCAGGUGGACGACUGCCCAGAGAGCUGCUGUGAGCCCUGCGGCUGUGCCCCCAGCUGCUGCCACUGCUGUGCCCCCAGCUGCUGUGCCCCAACCCCUUGCCUCCUCUGCACCCCAGUGAGCUGUGUGUCCAGCCCCUGCUGCCAGUCUUCCUGCUGCACACCCUCAUGCUGCCAGCAGUCUAGCUGCCAGCCAGCUUGCUGCACCUGCUCCCCCUGCCAGCAGCCCUGUGGUGUGACCCUUUGCUGCAAGCCUGUGUGCUGUAUGCCUGUCUGCUGUGGUACUUCCUCCUCAUGCUGCCAGCAGUCUAGCUGUGAGCCCUCUUGCUGCACCUCCUCCCCCUGCCAGCAGCCCUGCGGUGUGACCCUUUGCUGCAGGCCUGUGUGCUGCACACCCAUCUGCUCUGAAUCCUGCUGCCAGCAGUCUAGCUGCCAGUCCUCCUGCUGCCAGCCCUCCUGCUGUGUGCCUGUCUGCUGCAGGCCUGUGUGCUGCACACCCAUCUGCUCUGCCUCCUCCUCCUCCUGCUGCUGCCAGCCCUCCUGCUGUGCUCCUGGGUGCUGCAGGCCUGUGUGCUGCAAGCCCUGCUCCAGCCUGUCCCUGCUGUGCCGCCCUGUGUGCAGACCUGCCUGCUGUGUGCCCACCUCCUCCUGCUGUGCCUCCUCCUGCCAGCCCAGCUGCUGUCGCCCAGCCUCCUGUGUGUCCCUGCUGUGCCGCCCUGCCUGCUCCAGACAGGCCUGCUCUGGAAACAAGUCCAGCUGCUGA